AUGUCCUUGGUGGUUUUAGAGAUGUCGUUCUUGAAGGUGGUGAUGAUGUCCUUGGUGGUGAUUUGGGUGUCUCUAAUUUUCUGCCUUAGCCUAUUGCAAAUCUUUCUAACGCCGGUGUAUGUUGAAGGGUUCUUGCGGCUCCUCUGGCUUUUGAUCAGAUUGAGGCUCAAGCAUGACUCGUCAGAAGGUUUCUUUGCUAAAUUUAACACAUGGCUCGUUGAAUUUGAGGCCGAGCUGAACAAAGGGGAUGACAAGAACACAGUUAUUGUAACAGCCAGCGAAUCAACAACAAUGGAAUUUGAAGCUGAAAUUUGAAGUCUAAGAUGUUGUUAGUUUGAUGUUCCAGAGCUUUAGGUUUUCUUUUUCUUGUUUAUCUAGGAUACUAUGUUGCUUAAGCUCAUCUAUCAUUGUAAUAAACACAAAAAUAUUAGAAUUCAAGUUUUUUCAGAAUAAACAGGAGAGAGAUGGAGCAUCA